GCACAGCCCCAAGUAAAGCAAGAAAUGGCCGGCUCCGACCACAGCGCCCGCCGGAUGCCGUCCCUUCCGUGGACAGUGACCAUCCAGGCCGCCGCUUUCGCGUUCGCGCACCGCCUGGACGGCAGCAUCCGGCGCUCCCUCUUCUGGCUCGGCGACCUGAAGAACGGUGCCACGCCCACGCCCCGCUCGGACGCCCCGGACGUCCGGUCUGCCGACGUCACCAUCGACGCCUCCAGCGGCCUCUGGGCGCGCGUCUUCUCCCCCCCGGCGUCGUCCGCCGGCGAGGCCCCGCUCCCCGUCGUCGUCUACUUCCACGGCGGCGGGUUCGCGCUCUUCUCCGCGGCGUCCCGCCCCUACGACAACCUCUGCCGCGGGGUCGGGGCCGUCGUCGUGUCCGUGAACUACCGCCUCGUCCCCGAGCACCGUUACCCGGCGGCCUACGACGACGGCGUCGCCGCGCUGCGCUACCUCGACGGCAUUGCGCCGCCGGACGGCCUGGCACCGGUCGCCGUCGACCUGUCCAGCUGCUUCCUCGCCGGCGACAGCUCCGGUGGCAACAUGGUUCACCACGUGGCCCAGCGCUGGACGUCCAUGUCGGCGACGUCGUCGUCGCCACCCCCGCGCCUCCGCCUCGCCGGCGCCGUCCUGAUACAGCCGUUCUUCGGUGGGGAGGAGCGGACGGGCGCCGAGCUGGCCUUCGACAAGGCCUGCCGCAUACUGACGGUGGCGCGGGCAGAUCGCUACUGGAGGGAGUUCCUGCCCGAGGGCACCACCCGCGACCACCCGGCGGCGCGCGUGUGCGGCGACGGCGUCGAGCUGGCCGAGGCGUUCCCGCCGGCGAUGGUGGCUGUCGGCGGGUUCGACCUGCUCAAGGACUGGCACGCGAGGUACGUGGAGACGCUGCGCCGUAAGGGGAGGGUGGUGAGCAUGGUCGAGUACCCGGACGCCUUCCAUGGCUUCUACGCGUUCCCUGAGCUCGCCGACUCCGGCAAGUUCGUGGAGGACAUGAAGCUCUUCGUGGACGAGCACAGGCCCAAGCGUCUAGUUUAG